AAAGUGAGGUUUACAAACCUAUUAAAAACUACCUAUUAAAAACCUACCGUUAAAAGUUGCUCUUAGUCCGAUUGAAACGCCAAGAAAGAAAAGUUCGUCCAUCAAGGGAUUUUGCUUGGAGGCCACGCGAAAAAUCCCCAUUAAAAACCCUCCAUUUCUCUUCAUACCUCACAAUCAAGCACAACAAAGGAACAAGGGAAAUGGGGGACAAGAAGAUGAAGAAGAAAGAGAAAAAAUCAUCCCCGGGAGCCGGCGGCCGCCGGGACGUCAAGCCGGAAUCCGAACAUCCGAUCCUCCCAAUCACCGUCGGUAAAAAAGACUGGCCACGGCAGAAGAUUAUACGUGACAACAAAUCGGGAUCCGGCGUGGUCACCAAGUCAUGGGUAGUCCCAUCUUCCUCCUCUUGCAACCUUAAUCAGCCGCCGCGUAAGCAUUCGUGGCCUCAGCUUGCCCUAAUCGACAUCCCUCCCGAAAUCCGAACAACCAACGUUCCCGGAAAAUACAGCCUGAAGGGUUUUUUCCAUCGACGCCAAGCGAAAUUGUAUUCUAGCGACAAAUUUCUCUGGGGCCCGGGCUGCUACAGUGGCUGGGGCCCGGACUAUUACAAUUACAAUCUGCGCAGUGACAGCAGUGUCCACUUCAGACGCUGCCUAAGGUCCGGCGGCGCCGAACUCGUAAUAACCGGCCUUACUUCACCGGCUUUCACAUUCCCUAAAGGAGUCGACGAACAGUGGGUCGGCAAUUACAGAUAUUACAGGCGUUAUGUGUCGAUAAUGAAGAACUGCACGGUUAUCGAGCCUUUCUCAACAACCGAUCAUCAAUACAUGGAGUUCACAAACCUUACCGCGCACCGAGAGAAAUUCUACGCCAUUAGCAGGCAGGGCAGCCUCGCGGUUAUCGAGUACAGUGAAGGUUCAACGGAUUACGAAAUUACCCGUUUGGGGAAAAACCGAGCUGUCCCAAGUAAGGUAUGCCGGCACUUUAGGGAGCAUUUUUUCGUGUACAAAGGCGGAAUCUUUUUGGUGUUUUUGCUGUCGAGGGCUUCGGUGGAUGUGGUGGAUGACGUGGAGGUUUUCGGGCUGGAUGAGCCGAGUCUGUGUUGGAAGAAAGUCGAGAAGCUUCCAGAUGAUACCGUGUUUUUUGUGGAGGACAAGUGUUGCUUGGGGGUCUCGGCGAGUUUAUUCGGGUGCAAAAGCGGGGAAAACUGCGUGUACUUCACGUACGAGAGGGCCGAAAAUUGGUUUUGUUUCAACAUGAAAACGAGCCGCAUUUCGGCUACAGAGGGACCCGUGGACGAUCUUGAUUAACUCAGUUAGUUUGAAUUUUCCAGCUGAAUUUUCGUAUAAUUUUUGUUUGGAAGUGGUGGCAAAAGUUUCAUAUGUUACUUUUUUUGUUGAUUUGUGAAGUAUGUGAGAUGUUUUGUAGUUUCAACUGGAAAUUGAUGAACUCUCUGUAUAUGCUUUAACAUAUUUGUUUUUGUAACAAGAUCUUAUUAGUAACAAGCUACUAGGGGUAAGAUGAAAUGCAUUUAUCUUAAGGAACGAAAAACUUAAUUUGAAAGGAUGGUGUAUUUACAUUGGAAAGGAGAAAAUCCAGAGAUUUAUUCCAUUGGCAUGAACUUUUCAAUCCCAUUUGUAAGAUUUUCCUACUGUUAUAUAGAAUGCUGAAGAUGCUUCGAUCGAGUGAAUCAUGAGGAUUUUUUCAAGCCAAAUUGGCCGUGGAAUUGAAACAGAGACGAUGAAAACUAAAACAAGCUCAUGCAAACAUUUGAAUGAUCGGUUAUGCUGCUGAGAACAUCCUCUGUCAUUACAACAUCGUCUUCUGUUUUGUUUUCAAUCUCUGCCAUUUGUUUUUGAUACAUGUUAGAACUUAGAUAAUAGAGUGAAUUUCAAUGUAAUGUGGCACAGCUUGUUACUUAGUGUGGAUUGAGUUUGUGUGAGUAAGCUUUAAUUGGACUGCGUACUCUUAAAUAGAGGUGAAACUGACUGUGUAGUGAAGGUUUUGGACUGCUCGAACCUUUGUCGAAGGAGAAAAAAAACGAGAUGCCAGAUGUCGGCAAAUGAAUGGAUAAAAUGUAGGAAUUUCGGUGUGGAUGGCUUGAAACACUUACCAGAAAGGUAAAAACUACAAACUGAUUUUACAUUUGAUGCUUAACAUUAACACCUCUCGGAAAUCAAGCUGCGAUGGGGAACGAGAAUCGCUCUGUCGCUCGUGUAGAUGAUUAAAUGGCCUCCAUCGGCAGUUUCUAAGGUUGCUUGGGAUGAUUAGUAGCUGGAUUGCCUGAACUUCUUAGAGCCACAAGAAUGAAAAGCUGCUUUCUUGCUUUUGAGUCCACCUUCUCAAAACUUAGUCAAAUGAAUAGGCAACUGCCGAUUCAUCUGCUGUUCAUACAAACACGAUGGCAAGCAGUGGCUUUGAGCAACCAAUUUAGGCAAAACCUUCUGCAAAUCUCCUUCUUGGAAGUCUCCAGCCUCACCUUUUCUGAUCAAGCACAUGACACAAUCCAUCAAGACCGAAUUACACGAUAAGACAACGGAACCUCAAAUCGCCUGUGAUCAACCGUGUACACUGCAAAGUGUCCCUUGCCAAAGCAGCAGAUUAUGUUUUUUGGGAUGGAUAAUGGAAAAAAGUCGAUGUGGGAUUUUAAAUGAAAGAAUUUUGAGACAGAGAUUAAGUUCUUGCUUAAUAUCAAGGGCUUCAAAGCCAUGUGCCGAGAAGGAUACAUGGGAUGGGAACCUCAGUCGACUGACACAUGUCAACGGGAGAUGAAUUUAGGUAUUGCAUAAGAGAAAUAUACCUUCCUGUUUGCUGUUUGGUGUGGAAACAUAAUGGUCCUUUAGCUUUUGGCUUCCUUACAAUAGAGCCACAAUUAUGAAAAUCUGUUAUAAGUAGAGUCAACAAAUAUACACAACACUAGUUCAGACCUGCCAACAUUCUCAUAUUUGGAUAGUUCUGUUUACAAUCACAUUGACAGGGGAAUCUAAUUGUUUGUCACAUUGUCUGAAAAUUUGGACCUUGUUUCAAUCAGAUUUACAAUCAUGUGAGAUAUUCAGUAGAAGUGGUCAUUCUUGGCCCAAACUCUAAACUGGGUUUGUGCACUUAGUUGGGCUCAGAUUGCUUAGGCAGGUGUUUUCUUG